AUGGAUGAGAAGCUGCAGGCGCAUCAGGUUGACAUCGACCCGGAUUUUGAACCUCAGAGUCGGCCUCGCUCUUGCACCUGGCCGCUGCCUCACCCCGACUUUCCGGGCGAAGACGACGAUGGAAGCGGCGGUGCGGGAGGAAGAGGAGGAGGAGGCGGCGGCGGCGGCGGCGCCCCGAAGCACCCCUUGGCCGGCGGCACCGAAGGCGCCGAGAACGCCGGCGUGGCGGCGGAGCGUGGCAAAGCGACCCCGGCGCUGCCUUCUUUGAGCGCGGACGUUGGACAGCUCCGCAAAGCCAAGACUUCGCGGCGGAACGCUUGGGGCAACCUGUCGUACGCGGAUCUCAUCACCAAGGCGAUCGAGAGUUCCCCGGAGAAACGGCUCACCCUCUCCCAGAUCUACGACUGGAUGGUCCGAUACGUGCCCUAUUUUAAGGAUAAAGGCGACAGCAACAGCUCCGCGGGCUGGAAGGGCAGUUACUCUCGUAGUAGCCUUAUUGAACUCGGACUGGAGAGCACUUUUGCUUCUUGCUGA